AUGGCGGCCUCCGGGAGCGGGCCCCGCUGGACCCUGCCGGAUUCUCUCCCGGGAAGCAGGAGCGCUUCGCGCCCCGAGACGCCGUCGAUCCCGCGGCACUGCGACAAUGAGCGUCAGUGUUUCUCGGCGACUUUCCCCUCGGGGCAGAGGACGCAUGAGUCCUUCAGCAGAGCCUCCUCCUACCUGCUGCGGGAGCUCAUCCAGCGCUACCGGCGGCUGGACGCCGAGGAGGAGGAGGACCACUUCGUGGUGCGGGAGGAGGAGGUCAAGAAGGAACUGGUGGAAGCGGAGUACGAGGAGGAGUCCUCGGAUUCCGACAUGCAGAAUCAGGAGGGCUGUGAUUUAGCUGACAUCAGCAUUCUCAGCGAAUACAUCCACCUGCAGAAGUUGGAUCUUUCCAUAAAUAAAAUCGAAGAUUUGUCUUGCGUGAGCUGUAUGCCUUACCUGCUGGAACUGAAUGCUUCUCAAAAUAGACUGACUACAUUCUUCAACUUCAACCCGCCCAGGAAUCUCAAGAAAGUGGAUUUUUCCUACAAUCAAAUCUCCGAAAUGACGGAUCUGUCUGCUUACCAGGCUCUCACGAAGCUGAUUUUGGACAACAACCAAAUUCAGGAAAUCAAAGGGCUCGAGCUCUGCUGUAACUUAACUCACCUGAGCUUGGCCAGAAACAAGAUCACGACAAUCGACGGCUUGAGCAUGCUCCCAAUCAAGAACCUUUGCCUGAGCAACAACCAGAUUGAGAAGAUCACAGGUCUGGAGGAGCUGAAAGUGCUGCAGAAAUUGGAUCUGUCCAACAAUCAGAUCAGCAGCCUCCAAGGCUUGGAGAACCAUGACCUCUUGGAAGUGCUCAACCUGGAGGAGAACAAGAUUGAGGAGCUGCGUGAAAUAGAAUACAUUGAAAAGCUACCUCUCCUGCGAAUUCUCAAUCUUCUACGGAACCCCAUUCAGGUGUCAGCGGUGAACAUGUACGACCCUCCACCAGAAGUGCUCGCGGCGCAAGACCACCUGACCCACAUCGUGAAUAGCAUGAUGCAGCCACAGAGGAUCUUCGACAGCACCCUGCCGAGUCUGGAUGCUCCCUACCCCAUGCUGAUCCUGGCCGGGCCUCAAGCCUGUGGGAAGCGAGAGCUGGCCCACCGGCUCUGCAGACAGUUCAGCACUUACUUCAGAUACGGGGCCUGCCACACAACAAGACCUCCGUACUUCGGUGAAGGGGAUCGAGUUGACUAUCAUUUUGUGUCCCAGGAAGUCUUUGAUGAGAUGCUAAAUAUGGGGAAGUUCAUUCUGACGUUCAACUACUGCAAUCACAAUUACGGGCUGAACCGGGACACCGUGGAAGGCAUCGCCAGAGACGGUUUGGCGAGCUGUAUUCACAUGGAGAUAGAGGGCGUACGAAGUUUGAAAUGCACCUAUUUUGAGCCUCGCUACAUCCUGGUGGUGCCCAUGAACAAGACCAAGUACGAGGGCCACCUCCGGAGAAAAGGCCUCUUCAGCCGAGCAGAGAUCGAGCUUGCCGUCUCCCGGGUGGACCUGUACAUUAAAGUCAACCAGACAUUCCCAGGAUAUUUCGACGCAAUCAUCAAUGCAGACGACAUGGAGGUGGCCUACCAGAGGCUGAGUCAGCUCGUCAAAGAAUACCUGGGCUUGACCGAGGAGCCCACCAAGGGCUUGGCGCCAACCACAGGAGCUCCCUCUAGCAAGAUGACUCUCUCGGGGGUCCCAGCCCACCUGGUCCCAUCCCCACGGCGCUUGGCAAAACUACAGGCAGACGGACAGAUGACAGAGCACCUCUCUGGAAGCCCCCCAAAGGCACCUGAAAGUCAGACCCUCGCCCAGAACCAGGAGUCAACUACGGAGGGGGAGACCCUGAAGGAAGAAGCCCUUCCCAGUAGUCAAGCCGACCCAGAACCCCCUCCACAGCACCCCAGCGAGUCGGGACUUGGGGCUCCCCACCUGGCCAGAGACUCAACCCCAGACCAGAAGGAAGAGGACACUCCACAGCCAGCUCCUUCCCCCAAAGGCAAUGAGGUGCCACCUUCCCAGGUGAAAACCAGUGAGCCAGGGCCUUCUCCCACCAGCCUUCCCCAGGUGCCCGCACAGUCCAACCAGGAUGAGGAGUCGGGGGAGGCCACAGUGGCCCCCAGCAGCCCACCCCCGCCUCCCAACGAUUCUCAGAAACCUCCAAACGGGAAAAGCGCCAAAGCAAACGCUGUCCGAGUCAGCACCCCCUACCCAGAACUGCCGCAUGCCCAAGGCUCGUCCACAGACACGAAGCAGACCCAGGACAGGGAUGAGCCCGGGGCUUUGCGCCCAAAGGGCCAGCUGGCCCCCACCAGGCUGCCGCAGCCUCGGACCCUGGCUCCCCUGCAGAGCCCCAGGCCCACACCCAAGCUCCUGUCGCCCAGUAGGGAGGGCGGAACGGGCUCUGAUCAAACCCGGACGCCCUCUCCCAGGCAUGCGUCAGCUCAGGAAGGAGACAGCGGCAAGCUUCCUCCAAUCAGCCCUUCCCAACCUAAGCACCCCCCAAACCGGAGCCCCAACUCAGCUCCCAACCCCCAGGCAGUUCAGGAAGAGGUGAGACUCCCACCCAUCAGCCCGGCCAGCCAGGAGUCCGCCUCCCAGCACAGCCCCCAGGCGCCCCAGGACCCGGAGGCCCAGAAAGUCAAGCUGCCUCCGCUUUCCAACCCCUCAGAGCCAGCACCGCUCCAGGCCCAGGGAGCAGCUCAGCGGUUCACCACACCCACCAGGGAAAAGAAGAACACCCCCAGGAGGAAGAUUCCAGACAAGCUGGCCUCCCCACAAAGCCAGGAGUCAACGGGGGCUAGAAAAAAAAAACUCCCUAUCCCAAGAGAGACACCUAAAGGGUCCGACCAUCUGAGGAAGGCCGCGCCUGGGGGUCGUCGGCUAGAAUCCCAUAGGAAGUACACUACCACAAAGGUGCCUGUCCGGCAGGACCCCAGCCCUCCCCGGAGCCCUGCGGAGAGCACGUCAGGAGAGGUCCAGGAAGGCCAGAGCGCCCCUGAACUACCGCUGGGGGAGCCUCUCUCCGGGGAGGCCCAAGAGCAAAGUGAGCCAGCCCCCCAACCCGGAUCGAAGGCCCAGCUCAAAAGAAAGGAACCAUUGCACAAGAGGGGCAGGCCUCUGAAGAGAGGCCAGGCUUCUGAGCCCCCCGAGCCCCAAGGCGAGGCCCCUGGCCCACUGCCUGCCACAGAGACACAAGCCCCCAAGGGGACUGACCUGACCAGGGAAGGCUCUGUCCAUAGGGACAAGGCAGCUGCAUCCCAGCAGCUGGCCAGAGAGAGAAGGACCCAGAAACGGGACCCAAGCCUGGCCGCUGCUCAGAGCCAGCUGCCCAAUGAGAGUCAGGACAUCAGAAGGGGACGCCUGCGAGCCAGGGGCAGCCAGAGCACCAAGAUGUAG